UGGUAUAAAAGCGUGGCCGGGGGCCGCGUGCUCCUCUUUCCCGGAGCGCGGAGGCUACGGUAAGGGCGCGCGCACGCAGCCAACAUGCCGGUGGCCCGGAGCUGGGUUUGUCGCAAGACCUACGUGACCCCUCGGAGGCCCUUUGAGAAGUCGCGGCUCGACCAAGAGCUGAAGCUGAUCGGCGAGUACGGGCUCCGCAACAAACGUGAGGUGUGGAGGGUCAAGUUCACCCUGGCCAAGAUCCGCAAGGCCGCGCGGGAGCUGCUGACGCUGGACGAGAAGGACCCGCGGCGCCUGUUUGAGGGCAAUGCCUUGCUUCGGCGACUGGUGCGCAUUGGAGUGCUGGACGAGGGCAAGAUGAAGCUGGAUUAUAUCCUGGGUCUGAAGAUUGAGGAUUUCUUGGAGAGGCGUCUGCAGACCCAGGUCUUCAAGCUGGGCUUGGCCAAGUCCAUCCACCAUGCCCGUGUGCUGAUCCGCCAGCGCCACAUCAGGGUCCGAAAGCAAGUGGUGAACAUCCCAUCAUUCAUCGUCCGCCUGGAUUCCCAGAAGCACAUUGACUUCUCCUUGCGCUCUCCGUAUGGGGGUGGCCGCCCGGGCCGCGUCAAGAGGAAGAAUGCCAAGAAGGGCCAGGGUGGGGCUGGCGCCGGCGAUGACGAAGAGGAGGAUUGAGCCCACCCUUCCUUCCAUCCAUCCCCCCCCCCACUCUCUGGGGCCCGUGGAUUGUCUAGUUUCUCUGUCACAUAAUAAAAGAACCAGUGCUUUGGAACUGGUGUUCAUUGGUG